UCGGUUAAUAUUAAAUAUAUCAGUUUGAUUUCUGCAACAGCUGUAAACAGAAUGAUCUUUCCGAAAAACGAACACCUGAAAAUAACAAUAUACAUAAGCGCAGUGCUAGGAGUAUGGCCAUUUAUAUUCGAAGACAACCCAGUUUUAAGAAAAAUAUACGACGUUUACUCCAAAUGCAUUUUCUGUUACUACCUACUUUACGUUCUUACCGCUAUAAUCCAGCUCUUCAUCAUCGUAACCGAUGAGGUGUUGGAUGUGGAUGAAAUAGUCGCUAACCUUUGCAUAACACUACUAAACUUUGUAGCAAUAUUGAGAGUCAAUGCCAUCAAGACGGAGAGAGUGAAGAAUAUCAUUCAGAAUGUAUUCAAGUUGGAAGAAAAGAUGAUGAACAGUGGAAAUGACGAAAUAAUUGAAAUAUAUAACCGGCAUGCAAGGCAGAACCAAACUUGUAACAAAAUAUUUCUUGUUAAUGUCUACUUGGUUGCUAUUUUGUACUUUAUACACCCCUUAUACGUGGAAGACACCAUAAAGUACUACCCCAACAGAAACGAGACGGUAGUCAUCAAAGCUUUGCCUUUGAGCACUUGGUAUCCAUUUGACCAGCAAAAGCACUAUGUCCUUACUUAUAUCUGGGAACAGAUCGACGCUUUCAUGGCCACCACUUUUAUUGCCAGCUCAGACAUCUUCGCGUUUAGUCUCAUAAUAUUUGGUGUGGGCCAAAUUAAGAUUCUGAAGUUGAUUCUUUCCAAUUUUCAAGAGUUUGCGAUGAAUAUAAAGGAUCAGUUACACUGUAGUCAGGAAGAAGCCAGCUAUAUCACCCUCAGGGAGUGCAUAUUGAAGCACCAAGAAAUUAUCGAGUAA